GGAUUCGCAUAUUCCAAUAUCUCAAAUCCUGAGAUUAUCACGAACAAUGAAUGGUCUGGCAGAAUUGAUCAAUAUAAGACUAACACGGUGCUACAGUACGAUAGUUCUGGAAAACACGUUGAAGAAUGGGGUUAUCCAGCCCUGGCAAAACCCCCAACCGCAAAUGUUGAUAACAGUAAAAGGCCGGUGGAAUUGUUUAAAUUAUAUUUAGGUGAUAUUCCAGAAGAAGAAAAGCCACCUUUGCCUGAUGGCUUAACUUACGAUAAGGCAAUCAUCGAUUAUCUUCAUGAGCUUGCGGAAGCGGCGGCUAUUUAUUGUAUGAAGUAUUUCAAAGACGAGGUUGCAAAUAUUAUUCGAAGGAAAUUUCUCAUAUGCGAUGUUGGCGGGGGCACGGUUGAUUUGACCGUUCGUAAACUGGUGGGUGGAAAGCGUCUUAGCGAACUUACCGAAUGUACGGGAGAUUAUUGUGGAGGUUCAUAUGUAGAUCAAGAGUUUGUUAAAUAUGUUGGAAGAAAAGUCGGAAACAUGGAUGACUACAAAAAUAUUGAACUAGACCUGGAAGAAGUUUGUCCAGCCUUGAAACAAUAUGUGGAAGGUGCAAAUAGAAUGAAAUUAGAAAAAGAUGAGUGGAUUAUGGAGUUUGAUUUCGAAACAGUCAAAGCAAUGUUUGAUCCGGUGAUCGGUAAAAUAAUAAGAUUGAUACGUGCCCAACUUGAUGCAUCGGGUUCUUUAUCAGCAAUGUUUUUGGUCGGAGGGUUUAGUGAAUCAAAAUAUCUUCAAUCAAGAGUGAAAGAAGAGUUCAGUAAGAACAUCAGAUAUAUUUCAGUUCCUCCGCAGCCGAUCACAUCGAUUCUACGAGGAGCAGUUGAAUACGGUCUCAACGUGCAAAUCAUUAAAAACCGAGUAUUGAAAUAUACCUAUGGGAUUAGAUGUUCAUAUAAUGCGAGGAUACUUAAUUCCUUUUUUAGGAUGGCCACAAGAGGGACCAAAGUUGAUAACGAUAUUCGAAUAAAAUUCGAUGUUUAUUAUACAAAAAAACAUAAUGGAGAUUACACGACGGACGAAGGAAUGAAUCUUCUUGGUACUUUUACUAUCGAUUGUCCCGAUCCAGAACUUGGUCUCAGGCGACCAAUUGAUUUUUCAUUGCGUUUUGGCGAGUCGGAAAUUAUUGCAACUGCCGUUAAUAGAACCAACGGAAGAAGCUAUAAUUGUUCGCUGGCAUUGGAUUUUGUUUAA